AUGAGUUUAUGGGACGUCAUCGUGAAUGAUGCUAAUCCUGCUUCGCUUUCGCAAAAUCCAACACUGGCGCAGAUAAGGAAACACGAAGAAGAUAUGGCUAGAAAACCUAAGGCACUUACCUGUAUACACUUAGUAGUGUUAGAUGCAAUAUUCAUAAGAAUAAUGACUUGUGAUUUACCAAAGCAAGCAUGGGAUAAAUUAAAGGAAGAGUUUGAAAGCAGUGAUAGGGUAAAGUCAAUCAAGAUGUUAACUCUUAAAAGAGAGUUUAAAAUGCUGAGAAUGAAGGACGGGGAUACAGUAAAGGAGUAUUCUUCAAAACUCAUGCAGCUUGUGAAUCAAAUUCGGCUUUAUGAACUUAUUAGUAAGCUGCAGGCACAAGAGCAAAGGACCUCUAUGAGGUCAGAAGAGAACAUUGAAGGAGCAUUUAUCAUGAGCACAAAGACAAGAAAAAUGGAAGGAAAGAUGGGAAGAAAUUUGCUGGUAGAGCACGCAGAACAACAGGCUGCGGAGCAGGCAAACCACACCCAAGAUCAAUUACAACCUGAGGAACAGUUAUUUAUGGUCAGAAAACCUUCUCAACCACUUGGAGCCAAUGUUUGGCUUGUUGAUAGUGGUUGCACAAGCCACAUGACAGGUGAUGUAAGCAUGUUCACUUCACUUGACAAGUCCUAUAAAGUCAAAGUAAAGCUAGGAAAUGGAGAUCUUGUAUAG